AAAUCAAUUAUUAUAUUAAAAACAAAACUUAAAUAAUUUUUUUUAAAAGUAAUUAUUUUCGUCAAAGAUUCUAAUCACUGUGAGUUGAUAAAUUCAUGGUAUAAGUAUAGUAGGUAAGUCCUAUUUUCAAUCUAAAGGAUAAACCCUUAACCACUGACAGAUUGAUAUUUUGACAGCCUGUAGAAGUCAAAACUCAAAAUUGUAAAAACUCAAAACUCAGAAUUUGGGUACCCUUCAAAUGUGUCUACUAUCUAGGUAGUAGGUACCUAUGCUAAACUGAAUAAAGUAUAGUAAUAAAUAUUAGUAUCAAUCAAGAAAACAUAAGUGAAAGUUAUGGUAUUUCAUAUGCAGCUAAGCUUUUUAUAAUUACUUAUGUAUUAAACACUUGAUUUUCAUAAAAUGAACAAGUCAGACCUUACAAUACCUAGUUCACCUUUAUCCUUAUAUGUUAAAAUAUAUUGCAAGAAACGAAAGGAAAAUAAGAGUAAGACAAACAAUAUCUUAGAAGAGGCAACAAAAUCAUGGCUAACUUUAAGUACAUAUGAGAAGCAGCAGUUCAUUACUAAAUAUGAACAGCUUAGAAGGGACAUAAAUAAGCAAUUUGCAGAACAAUUAAAGAAUGCAAUUCCAUAUUUAAAGAAAAAAGUUUUAGUUUCAAGAACUGGAGUUACAACUGAGAGCAAAGAACAGGAAGCCAAAGCAGAAAUUGACGAAAAUAAUAUAAAUAAUAUUGUAGACCAUUCAGCUGAAAAUGGUUUUGUACCAAACACUGAAGAAAACAUAGAUCAAUUAAGAAGCCCUGAAAAAACUAAUAAUGCUUUAGAGAUCGAAAUUCCAGAUCAAAGUAGCCAAGAGGGCAAUGAAAAUUAUAAAACUUCUUUAUCUGAACCGAUCCCCCCAAAGCUUAUAAAUGGUCAACAACUAUUUGAAUUGGUAAAUGAAAACGCUGAUCAUGAAUCAUGGACAAAUUUAACAAAAGUAGAAAAGAGGCGAUAUCAAAGUGCAGUUCUCGCAAUAAAAAAAAAUUACUUAAAAGAUUAUAUAAAAUAUUUAGAACAUUUGCCAUCAGAAAAACUAUAUAAACUUUACAAAAAUAAUAUACCACCUUUAUAAUGAAUGUUCAUGUCUAAAGUUUGUAACCAGAAUUACUUAAAAUUGGUAAUAAAAAGCCAGACACAUCUUCUCAAACAAACAUCACUUGUGGUGACAUUUACCUAUACAUAUUCUGUAAAGUAAUACACUUUUAAUAUAAAUAAUUCUUUUUUUUUUUUCACUUCCACCUAAGGAUAAAAUAAGAAACAAUAACAAGCUAACAAUCAAACUUUAUUGAGAUUAAUAAUUUAGAUGUGAUCACAAUAUCAUAUAGAGAAAAAUUGUUAAUACUAAUAUAGGUAAUGAGAACAGUCUAAACACUAGCAAUAAUACUUAUACUCUACUUUCCACAAAGAAUACCAAUGGCCAUUCCAGCGACAAAUGAUGCCAGAAACACAUGGGUUUCUGUAGCACGAUACUCAUCACCCGCUACAAAGUUGUUGUACCAAUGCUUUGCUUUUUUCUCCUUUUUCUUAAGUAGCUCUUCUGCCUUAUCAAUUUUACGGUCCACAAACCU